AUGAAUGGGGUGAUUGAACCGCACUGCAGCAAGGGGUUAGAUGCAAGACUUGAAGUCAGCAUGUCUUUGAAAUGUGGGCAUCUCGUCACACUCUUCUUCCUUAUUGUGUCCGUCGCAGGAAUUCAAGACCGAGGCAGUCUAAAUCCAUCGGAGACCCUUCACACUAUCAGCCUGCCAAACCCCCCAAAGCAGAAUUCAGGGAUGAGGACUAGAUUUGAAAUGGAAAAGCAUCGCAUCAAGAGGUCAGACUUCUUCCACUCAGAGGUGAAAGUAUGUCCACAGGAGACCGUGAGGGAAGUCAUAGCAAGCCACCAAACAUACUACACACUGAGAGUUUGCCAGGAAGCUGUUUGGGAGGCUUUCCGGAUCUUUCUGGACAGAAUUCCCAGCAGCUCAGAGUACCAGCAAUGGGUCCACAAAUGCCAGCAUGACUCUAUGUGCAUCUCAGAUCUCGCCAUGAAUUUCAGCAGAUCACAGGAACACAUAGACAUGGUCUACAGGAGGGUGAAUAUGAAUAGUGAAAAAUUAAAACGAAACAUAACUGAAGAGCCAACAGAUGAUGGAGCACAAGGAAUGAAAGGUUCAGAGGAAGUCCAGACUGAAGACACAGUAGAAGUAUUUGUUCCCCCAGAUCAAUCUACUACUGUCAGCACUACGCCAGACGUCUCUACUGCCUCACAGGAGUUGGAUCUUCACAAUGUGGUUCCUGAGCAGCCAGUACAUCAGGUCAUCGAGUUCAGCAUUACACUGAUGGACUAUGGGUAUCAGGAGAUACUGAGAGACACUGAUUCACCUCUGUAUCAUGACCUGUCACACCAUCUUCAAGAUCAGAUGCAACACGCUUUUGCUGAUCUACCUGGAUUCAUGGAUGUAAUAGUGUUAAGAAUUAGUGAGGCAGAAGCACCUAAAGGAGCUGGAGGACUAUCUGCAGUCUACGCAGCUGUUUUUGAGACUACUGUACCUACCAUUGCUGAUGUAAAUCUGGACAUCGACACGGUUGUUUCAUCUACAGGACAAAGUCUAAAGGAUAUGAUAGUUCAAGCACUGAGCAAAAAGGCAUCACUUCUUGAUCUUAAUUCAUUGACAUUUGAGACAGGCAAAGACCCGUCUUCAACCAGAAUGCCUGUCCCUGAGGUUUCUGAAGACAUUAUAACUGAGUCCUUUGAUGAAGAUGUAUAUGGUGACCUCAGUUUUCCAACAAAAGGACCAAAGGUUGAAGUUCAUAUUUCAUCUGGUAGCGAUGAGAAUGUUUUGGAGACCAUUAUAGACCCAACUUUGGACACAGACAGCACCACAACAACAAAAUCAGAACCAGAAACAAUUGAACCUGAGAGUGAUGCAGUUAUUAUACACAAGAUCGAAACUAUUAAAGGGGAAACUGGUGAACUCAUAACAGAAAAUCUUCAAGUUCCACCAGUAGAGGAAGACGGUAAACCAGUUGUUGUUGCUGAUAAAGAAAACAGUUUGUCUUCAACAUCCUCAUCUGAAACUUCAAUAUUACCAAGUGAAGAACAGCAGAGAAACCUACAGAAACCUACAGAGAAUCCUACAGCAGAUAGUGACUUAAAAUUAAACACUGUACCAGAAGAUGAAAUCAUAUUUAAACCAGUAACCACUGUCAACAUUUUGUUCACCACUGCAACAACCGUUAGUCCUAGGUCUGAACAACCAAAGUUGGCUGUCACAACCGACUUUAGCAUCACCCUGCAACCUUCAACUGAACCAAUUGAUCCAAUAACUGAAGUGACAGAUUCUAACGAAAUUCCAGAGGUGCCUCAACCAGUGGAUCCUGGAAUAGUAGGAAAGGAAGAAGACGAAGUGGUGACGGCUGAACCAGACGAAGAGACUAAGACUGAAGUUAAUUUAUCCAAUGUAAAGUUUGUGACAACAGAGACUGUAGAAGUAGCUGGACCUGAAAAUGAUACAGACGUAACUGAAGAUACUGUUUCAUUAGAAGAUCAGGUAUUACGACCUGAAGAAGUGACAAUAGUAACAGAAACUGCUGAGUAUGGCACAUUAGAGCCUGUGGGAACGGUUGUGCUACCAGAACCAGAGGAUGAGACUGGAAAAUUAACUAAACAGGAUGAAGUAGCAGAACCUGAGGAAAAGGUUAUAGAGCAAGAACCAGAGGACAUUAUAGAAUCAAAAGAUGUUCGGGAACAUAAAUCUGAUGAGGAGAUUAAAGUGAAACAUGAGGAUGAUGUUCAGGCAACCAAGCCAGGGACUGAGACAGUACAACCUAAGGAUGAAGAGGGUGAGGUGGUGGAACCUGAAAGAGAAGCUGAUGAAUCAGAACCAGCUGAUGUUGUAGAAUAUGAAGGCAGCAUCAAAACUGAACAGCCCACUGUGGAGAUCACAAGUCAAGUUCCCAAAACUACUGAAGGUUCAGCCAAACUUCCUGCAGAGAUGAUUAAGAUUAAACCACCAGAGAUUUCUGUAACAGAAACUUACCUUGUGGAGAAUAUUGACUAUUACCAGCCAGAAGAAGGUCAUAAUUUGCCUUUUGUGCCAGUUGACAUUGUUCAACUAGGCAUAGACAUUGGUAACCCUGAACAUGUGGAAGACUUUGGGGUUGAGGACCAACUCUCCAAACCUGAGGUUAUCGAAGGAGUCCUCAAGAUACCAGAUCUGGUUACAGAGGACACCACCACAGAACCAGAUGUGGAUAUUGUUUUCCCUACUAUAUCAACGGCCUCAGAAUCUCUACCUGAAAAGAUCACAGAAUCAGCUUCUGAUGGAGACAAGGACCUACCAUCGGUUCUGGAAGAUACUGUGGAGCCACAGCUCACACAGAUGGAGGAAGACACUCUGACAGAAAAUCUCCUUAAGGAACAAGAAGAGACUGCUUCACAAUCCAUGGAGACACUUGCAACUGAUCUACCUUUGACAACUACGCCUGCAGACCUUGACCUAAUUGAAGUAGUCCUAACAGAUGUAUCAGUCGUUACACCAACAACCUUGGAAAAGGAUUAUGAUUCAAUAACACAAAAAGUACAAUCAACUGUUGUCCAGGACUUCCCAUCUACUAUUGGACAUACAGAGGAACCACAGCUCACAGAGAUGGAAGAAGACCCUCUGACAGAAGGUGCCCUUUUAAAACAAGAAGAAGCGACUACAUCACUACCCAUGAAGACACCUGCACCUAAGACAACUACACCUGCAGAUCUUGAACUGUUAGUCCUAACAGAUGCAUCAGUCAUUACACCAACAUUUUUGGAAAAGGAUUAUGAUUUGCCAACUGAAACCAUACAAUGGACUGUUGGCGAGGAUGUAAAUUUUACAAAGACAGAAAUGGACAAAGUGCUGAAUCUGGGGACUGAGGAAGUAGUCCAAACAAAUGUAUCAGUCAUUACUCCAACAUCUUUGGAAAAGGAUUAUGCUUCAACAACUCAAAAAGUACAAUCGACUGUUGUCCCGGACAUUGUAUUUGAGUCAGAAAAUGACAAAGUGCCGAAUCUGGAACCUGAAAACUCAUUUAUUCAUUUAAAAGACUUAGACCAUAUAGAUGUAGUAAGUACUGAGACCAUUGAUCUCUUGAGUUAUGAUAAUGGAUACUCUUUUCCAAAUGAAGGAUAUCCCUUAGAAACAACAAAAGCGCCAGCACUGAAGUAUUUCACAACUCCUUCAAUGACCACAGCUAGCAAAGGCAAAGAAUUAGUUGUGUUUUUCAGUUUGCGUGUCACAAACAUGAUGUUUUCUGAAGAUCUUUUCAAUAAGAGCUCUGCAGAAUACAGAUCACUGGAAAACAAAUUUGUUGAACUGCUACUCCCAUAUCUACAGUCUAACCUAACAGGCUUUAAGAAGUUAGAGAUCCUAAACUUCAGAAACGGAAGUGUGGUGGUCAAUAGCAAGGCAAAAUUUGCCAAGUCUGUGCCGUACAACAUUACUCAGGCUGUCCAGGAUGUCUUAGAAGAGUUUUGUGAUGCUGCAGCCCAACAUUUGGACAUAAAGAUUGACAGCCAUUCCCUAGACAUAGAACCAGCUGAUCAAGGUGACCCUUGCAAGUUUCUUGCCUGCAACGAGUUUUCCAAGUGUGUGGUGAACCUCAGGACAAAGGAAGCACAAUGUUUAUGUGAGCCAGGCUACGUGACGGUGGAUGGACUGCCAUGUCAGAGCCUCUGUGUGGUCCAGCCGGACUUCUGUCUCCAUGGAGGAGAGUGUGAGAUUGUACCAGGGCAUGGUGCUGCUUGCAGAUGCCCUGUAGGUAAAUUCUGGCAUUUUAUCGGGGAGAGAUGUGCAGAGCUGGUCUCCGUGACACUAGACCCCUUUCUUUCCCUAGUGUGCCUCGUGGGGGUGCUCAGCUCUCUUUAUGCCAUCAUUUCUCUCAUGUUAUCUAUGUGCAGGAAAUGUGUACGGAGCAGAAAGACACUAACUCUAGUAGGCAGAGCUCAGACCACCAUACCAGGCCUGACGAGUUAAUCACAGAAGUUUUACACAUCACAAAUCACUGUCACUUAGAGGUAAGAAGUCACACCAUGCCGUCUUCCAGAGAUGCUUAUCCAGCCAUUUACAGAUGUUGAAAAAGACUUCCCAUGAUCCCACAGCUCAGUAGAAUGAGUGGCCAAACAUCCUGAACAGAUGGAGAGCCAAGCUGAACUGCUAUUGGUUGUGUUUCCUUUCGUUCUCAGGAGAACAUUAAGAAAUUAGCUGCACUUCAAGUUGAAUGUUUUCACAAUGGGUUUCCUCACAAUGAGGAAAUUAUUCUUCUGUUUGAUCAUAAUCAAUACACAAGUUUCACAUAGUAAUAAUGUUCUCAUAGUAUGGAACAUCAUUUUGUUUUAGUGUAUAAUAAUUAUAAAUUGUCUCACAUGCAUAGUGAAUAAUUUCUUUGUUGUUGAAAUAUUAAUAUUAUUUUAUAGUGCAAAAAACACACAAAAAAAGAGAUUUUGUAAGACUUACCGAGAGCACAAACUGUGCAAAAUGUCUUUUAUUAAGUAUAGUUUAAUAUAUAUUGAAACAUGAAAGUAUGUUAAAUCUAGAGCUGUGUUGGUUAUUGAUGUCCCGGGGCAAAUGGCAAACAGCACCAUCAUUUAGUUGCCUGUAUUCUAAAUCUUUAGUUUAAAACAUUCAUCAACAUAUUUAACAUCAAGUUAAACAACAAGUUGUUUGUAUUAUAUUAAAUACAUAUAUUUUUCUCAUU